CAGUCAGUCAGUCAGUCAGUCAGUCUCUCACUCUUUCAGUCACUCACUCACUCAGUCAGUCAGUCUCUCACUCACUCACUCACUCUCUCACUCUCUCAGUCAGUCUCUCACUCACUCACUCACUCACACUCUCAGUCAGUCUCUCACUCAGUCACUCACUCACUCACUCACUCACUCACACUCUCAGUCAGUCUCUCACUCAGUCACUCAGUCACUCACUCACUCUCUCACUCUCUCAGUCAGUCUCUCACUCACUCACUCACUCUCUCACUAUCUCAGUCAGUCUCUCACUCACUCACUCACUCACUCACUCACUCACUCACUCACUCACUCACUCACUCACACUCUCAGUCAGUCAGUCUCUCACUCUUUCAGUCAGUCAGUCAGUCUCUCACUGUCUCAGUCAGUCAAUCUCUCUCUCACUCAGUCACUCACUCACUCUCUCACUCAGUCUCUCACUCAGUCACUCACUCACUCUCUCACUCUCUCACUCAGUCACUCACACACGCACACAGACACACACACAGUAUGAUGUAAUGAUGUCGUCCCUCAGCCCCCCCCGGUGUUGGCAAGCAGCAGCGGUGUGAUGCGCUGGUCGUAUGAAGAGGUGCAUGAUGGGACGUUGGGGUUCUCCCCCGCCCUGCAGGUGGGCGAGGGGGGGUUUGGAGUCGUGUACCGAGCGACUCUCAGGAAAAGGGACUGUGCCGUGAAGAGGCUCAAACAGGACACUCUGAUGGACUGGGCUCUGCUGAAGGAGAGCUUUCAGACUGAAGUGGACAAACUGUCAAAGUUCAGACACCCCAACAUCGUGGACCUGCUGGGGUUCAGUGAGGGAGGGGGGUCAGUGUGUCUGAUCUUUAGCUACAUGGAGAACAGAUCUCUGGAGGACCAGCUGCACAACUGUGUGUCUCUCUCCUGGUCUCAGAGACUCGGGGUCGUUGAAGGAGCCUCUGCAGCGCUGCAGUUCCUGCACUGCCCCCCCGACGGCCCCCCAGCACUGAUCCAUGGAGAUGUCAAGAGCUCCAACAUCCUGCUGGACCUGCAUCUCCAGGCCCGGCUCUCAGACUUUGGUCUGGCCCGGUCCCGCCCCUCUUCCCGCUCUGCGGGACAGACAGAGUCUGUGGGGAGGACGGAGACGGUUCGGGGGACGCUGGCUUACCUCCCUGAUGAGUAUGUGAGGGACGGGGUGCUGAGCACCGCCGUGGACGUCUACAGCUUCGGAGUGGUGCUGUUGGAGGUCCUGACAGGCCGUCGAGCUCUGGAGAGAAACAGGACAUCAGGAGACAGAUACCUGAAGGACCUGCUGGACGAGGUGGAGGACUGUCAGGGCGGAUCUUCUGUAGAAGCCUGGAGGAACCAGCUGGACCACCGACUCACCUCAGGGGGCGAUGUGGAACCUGCAGGCUGCAUGCAGCUGGUGGCUCUGGCAUGCAGGUGUCUAGAGAGGAAGAGGAAGAAGAGACCAGCCAUGACCAAGGUGUUUGAUGAACUCCAGCUCCUGCAUGCUGCCACCGGGGAAAGCAGCUCUCCCCACCUACUCCUUCCCCCCUUCUCCUCCCUCAGACCCCCCCCCCCUCUGGACUGCAGUGUGGAGGCUCUGUCCAAUCAGCUGAGCAGACUGGGCCCUCUGGAGGACUCCUACCUGCCCCCCACCUGCUGCUCCCUCACCCCUCCUCACCCGCUGCACUCCUCUUCCUCCCUCCCUUCCUCUUCCUCCCUACCUUCCUCUUCCUCCCUACCCCCCUCCUCCUCCCUCUCAGGUCCCUGUGAGACGGAUGAGAGUCGGGGCUUCUCUCAGUACAACCUCCGGUCUGGAGGGACCAGCUCUGAGCUCCAGUCCCUCACAGGGGCCCUGAGUCCGGACCCAGCAGAGUGCCUCUCUCCUGCAGGGUCCCUGAAGUCUGCGUCCCCCCAGCUGCUGCCGACUCAGGACCUCUACGGCAGCAGGAGUUGCGUUCGAGGCCCAGAGGAGAGCGACGAGCUGGACUAUCUCCGGGCUGAGAGACUCUGACUCUAUGGACAUCUCAGACCAUCACAGGACAUCAGAGGACAGCACAGGACAGAGGUCCAGACUUCCUGGUGGAGACAGAGCUACCCUCAGAGCGAGGCUGUGUCUCCUCAUGUUGAGUCCCCCUGUAGAUGACCUCUGUUAAAUAAGUUAUGGCUAUAACAGUGUGACAUCACAGAGUCACUGUGGGGACCAGACUCAGUGAGACCAGUCCUUAGAGGCUCAAGAUGAGUCCAUGCUGAAGAGUUGUUGUUCUUGUUUAAUAAAGAGAAUAACACAGAGAA